ACCCAUAAUUCGAGUAAAAUUGAGUUUUUAAAUUAGCGCUUCUUGCCCCAGAAUGCUGUUGGGCCGAUAGAGACCAGACCAGACCGACCUCAUCUCACCAGAGAAACCUAGUCCACACAAACAUGUUUUUUACUACUUUUUUCUUUAAAAAAAUCCCUUCCAUACAAGCAGUGUUUAAAAAAAAAAGGUAAACGCGCAUAACAAACCAACAGGCCACGAUAACCAUAACCUUAAAGCCAUGUUGGCCUGAAACACGUUAUUACCGGUUCCGAAUAUGGAGGAAGGUGAAAGUAUCAAGGAUAACCUGCGUCUACAGUUCCAGACUCUGCAGGAGCAGCAGGAGAAACGUCUCCAAAAAAGACUAAAGAAAACGGAGGAGCAGACGGCCACUGAGAUGCAGGAGGACACUGAUCUUUUGCAUGAUCUUGGUAAAAAGCUGCUACAGAAUGAAAAUGAGCAGUUGCACAACCAGGUGAGGGAGCUGAGGGAUGAAAAUGGCAGACUAUACAAGCUCCUGAGUGAGAAAGACUUUGAGAUUAAACAUUUGAAGAAGAAGAGGGAGGAAGAAAGGCUGGCCUUAGCAGGCACGUCUGGCUUGGCGGGUGAUGUGGCAGCUACCAAGAUUGUUGAGCUUUCUAAGAGGAAUCGAGAGUUUGCUGCUGAAAUGGAACGAGAAAAAAUUAAAGCAAAGCAAAACAGCGAUAGAAUAAAGCAGCUUGAAAAAGAGCUCCAGGUUGCUUUGUUGCUUAGCCCUCCCGGGAAAAAGAUGGAUAUAAAGCCACAAGAUGUGAGAUCAUCCAAAGAAUUCCAGGAGAACAGUCCAAUGGUAAAAUCUCUACAGGACAAGCUUUCUGCUGCCCAACUGAAGAUGACUGAAUAUCGCAACCAGAUUCAAGCUAUCAAACAGGAAUUAAAAAUAGCUCAGAAGGUGUUAUCCAGUGAGGUGGGAGAGGAAGUCAGCAUUCAGCAGCUACAGACCAGUCCGGGGAACUGGAGAGGUCGCUCCCAGCAGAUACUGGCUCUCCAGAGCAGGGUCCGGGACCUGGAACAGCAGCUGAGCCAAUCAGCUCUGAGGAACCAGACAUCAGGUGUCCGUGUUGAGGAAGAGCUACAGGGGAACGGAGACCUUCAGAACACACACCUCCAGGAAAGGAACCUCGGCUACAUCCGGACCGUGGAGAGGGAGAAGAGAGAAACAUUGGAGAGGAUGACAGGGGACUAUGAGGCUCUCAUGAAAGUUCAUGAGGAUAUGAAAAGUAAGCUGGAAGGCUCCAAAGCUAGAAACAAAAACCUGAGCACUGAGGUUAAAUCACUAAAAGCGCAGAUUUCCACCCUUCUGGACAAAGGAAAGCAUGAUGAUGAGCUGGUGGAUGCCUUACUGAAGCAGCAGAGUCAGUUGCAGGAUGUGCUGGGCAGGCUGAGCAAGCAGGACAUGCAAACCAAAGAAAGCCAGCAGAGCCUGGGGCAGCAGCUGAGCAGCGAGGCCCAGAGACACACUUCCCUAAUUCAACAGCUCAAACACAUGGUCACUGAGAGAGAAGCCAAAGUUAAAGAACUGGAGGACGAGAUACAGCAACUGUCCUUAAAGAGAGAGGAUUGUGGUCAGUCAGGCCCUAAGGCCACCACUGGCAAUUCCCAACCUUUGACAGCAGGUGGAGACACCGGACAAAGAAUAAGAUCAGCUUGUUCAGUAUCUAAACAUGGACAUAAACUAGUGGGGUCAGUUGCUGGGAUCACUUUAGAAGCCAGAGAAGCAGAAGCUCCGUUGUGUUGUCUGAACUGUUCAGGAGAGGUGAAGUCCCUGAAGGCCCAGUGUACAGAGUUUCGGACCCUUUGUGAGGCUGCCACGGUGGAGAGAGAUAAGCUCCUAGAGCUAGUCAAGCGUCAGCAAUCCAGGGAGGAGGAAGGGAAGCAGAGGUGCCUAGGGGCAGAGCAAAAAUUCCAGGGGGAACGCAGAAAGGCUAUUGCCUUAGAGCAGCAACUGGAGAAGGCAAAACUGGGUUUGGGAGAUGGAUUGACUCCUAGAACGAUUGGCAAAAAGGGCACCGGAGCCUUGUCUAGUGGGAGACAGAGGGAAUCAUCAUCGCCUCAAAGCUGUCUUGACCUUUACAGGGAUGCCCAAGUCAAUGAACUAAGUACCCAGCUGGCAUUGCAGCAGGAGGAGAACCAGGCUUUGAGGGAGGAGUUGAGGAACACUCUCCAGGCCAAGGCUGAGGACCUGCAGCUCUGCAGUGACAUGAUGAACCAAGUCAAGCAUGUCUUCCUUCAGGCACUACGACAACACAAGCAGGACAGGGAUACAAACCAGGGGAGUUAGUUAGCUUUAUUUGAAGCCCUGGCAGCUGGACCUGCUGGCCAUCAACAACACAAAAAAGUACAUAAAAGAUAAACAUUUUAGCUCCACAGGUCCAGUAAUAUUAGCUCUGUGGAAAUGGAACAGGCCUGUCUGUUUAAGCAGUAUAAUGUAAUUACUGGUUCCUGGUCUUCUGCGACCCUGUUGACCAUGAAAACAAUUACCUGAUUUGAUGGUCGCCACGUAGUUGGAGGAGGAGGCCAAUCAAAAUAUGAGGAGGCCAAUCAAAGGCAACUUGGCUUUUGUGGAACAAAAGGCUUAUUAAGUUAGACAUGAAGAAAUCACAUAGUGGCUCUUACUGUUGAUUGCGUGAUUGCUUAGUGCUUAUAGAAUGUAUAUGGUUUGAUGUCAUGGAUUGAAUUAUUUACAAUUUCUAAGUUAUUUGAGGGCUUAUGUCAUUGUCAUAUCAUAUUAAAAUAGAUUGUCCUAAUCUUAGCAAGUCUACCUCUCUCUCUUUGUUUACGUUGUGUAUUUAUAGGGGGCUAAAGUUUGUAUUAGACUAAAGGCGUAUUUAGACAUAAACAACAUUUACAUAAAACAUUCAACUCAAAACGCAUUCGCACCUUUCAUGAAAUUCGGCACUAGUGAAUGCAACAAAUGUGAAACGCAAACCGUGAGUCUUAUCAUGGGCUCAAGCAGACGGGGGAAAUGUAUACUCUACAACAUUUGGCAAACUCAAAACAUUUUAUUCAGUGGUAUGAUUGUUUUCUGCAAAACAUAGCUUUAAAAAGUAUUGGCACCCCUGCAAUUCAUAUUUUGUCUCACCCCUAUUUAGCUUCCCCUGGAGUGGGUAACAGCACUAAGCCCCAGGAAUCCUUUUGGAGGGGUCUUGGACCACUCUAUGCAGCACAUUUCAACGUCCCUGCUUUGCAGGAUUCCCCUGGACUGCCCUCUUAAUUUCAGACCACAGAUUUUCAAUUGGCUUCAAGUUCUACUGAGAUGGCCAUUGUCUUACACUGGUUUUGUGAUCCAGCAAUUUCUGUGUUGAUUUUAAUGUAUGUUUGGGGUCUUGUUGAAAGGUCCAUCCACGGACAAGUCUCAAUCUCCUGGCAGAGGCAACCAGGUUAAGGGCAGAAAUUUCCCGGUAGUGGAACUCAUUAUGCCACUGAUCUCAACAAGAGCCCAUGGACCACUAGGAAGAAAAUAGACCCAAAGCAUCACCGUUUUCCUGCGGGUGUGAAAUGCAAGUCAGGUAGCACCACUGUCGGCCCAGAUAAUGUAGGGUUUCAAAGUAAUGCAAAGCGCUCGCACUGGUGCUUCUUGACCCAGGAUCACCCGGCUGCUGGGAUUGCUGCAGGGACGGAGGAGGUCAAAGGGGUGUAGGUGUAAGUGGUGUGAGAUGGCGGUCGGCUCAAGUAGCACUUCCAAGUCAUUUAAGUCACUUGCUCUGCAACCUUGAGGUAUUUGUGAACAUGGGUAGUGGCUUUUGUAGGGCGACGGUAACAACGCUUUGUGGGUGUCAGUCGUCUUAGUGUUCAGAGGUUCAGUUGUUUGAAUCCUGCGUGGGGUGGUCUGUGCGAAAUGGUUAAAUGGGUAUCAGGUGCUUCUUGUAGGCAGUCUUCUUUUAUCACUAAACGUGCUGAUGGGUGAGCAUGACUAAAAAGACCAGAACACACAAAUCCAGUUGUAGUUCCCACAACGGUUAAGAUCCUGUAAUUUGUGGGAUGGGGACUGCUUAAUUUGUGCAACCCUUCCAAAGAGUUUAUUGACAUGGAGGUGGUAUCUAGCAGUUUAUUUUGAGACAUCAUAACCCCAAGACUCCACUAGCCUGUGUAGUUGGAUACUUCUUUGCCUAACUCCCCAUCUUCCUUAUGUGGGGGCAAUUUGCACAUGCGUCCUCUUCUUGGCAAAAUUGCAACUGUUCCAGAAUUCUUGAAUUUUUUUACCUAGACUGUGCUGAGUGCUAUUUUCAGCUGUUUAUGAAUUGUUUUUAUAUCCUUUUUAACUGAUCUGUGUAGGUCAACACCCAUCUGUUUUUUUAUAGCUGACAGCUCUUUUGUUUUACCAUAGAUGAUGGAUGAAGGGAUUUUACAUGCGUGCAACCUCAUAUUCAAACCCCAGGAAAACAGGAACAGGUGAAAAGUGUCAACAAUUCCUGGAGACUGAGAACACCUAAAAUGUAUAGAGAUUCAUAACAGAUGCUACUUUGGUUUUACUUUAAAUAUUCUUUAGGGGUGCCAUUACCUUUGAAACCAGUGUUUUGCAGAGGAAAGUGUACUUUUCAAUAAAGUAUACGGCUCCCCCUUAAUAAAUGUUUUGCUUUUCUGCUCGAUUUCAUGAAGCUUGCCAAUACUUAUUGAGUUGACUGUAUGUAAAUAACGUUUUCUAUACACUAGCAACUUUUGCUGUGCUAGAUGUACACUAACAUUGUUGUUUACAUAGUGGUACUCUGUCAAUAAAUCUUGUUCCUAAUGAUAGUAAAAAAAAAAAAUUGGUGCCUGUGUAAGAUGAUUUUAUUUGCUUCCCGACAACAAAAUCAAUUUCAUGAUUUCAAAACGAGAGAAUGAGUGAGACAUUGUAUUAAGAAGGUGAUGUGCAACAGAUUAUAUUUUAACUGUUAACACCCAAAAAAAUUAUCU